UCUGUACACUUCUGCAUAACAACUGAUACCACUCUAUUUCCCAUGUUACUCAAAUAAUUUUGUGUGAAGUUCAAAGUUCUUAUCUGACCGCGCGACUGACUGAACUCUUCCACACAGUGCGAUACACCUGUACUUUUCCUCGGUUGCAUAAUUACAAGAACCGCCUGCAAUAUGGAGAAGGUAUCCCUCAAGUACAAGACCUCAAAUCUCUGUGCUGCAAAUCUACUUCCUUAACAUCACAUAUUCCUCUAUGGAAUCAGCAUGGCAGAGAGUGGGAUCCAUGCACCGCUGGAUUGUAGAAAAUGGCGAUAAGAGGACAGACCCAUGGCUUCUUGUCUACUCUCCUGUUCCAAUCAUCUGUAUAUUUUUGUGCUAUCUUGGUAUUAUUUGGAUUGGACCCAAGCUUAUGAAACACAAGGAACCAGUGAACCUAAAAGCAGUGCUUAUUGUAUACAACUUUGCGAUGGUCGGUUUGUCGAUUUACAUGUUCCAUGAGUUCUUAGUCACAUCAUGGCUGGAAAACUACAGUUAUCUGUGUCAACCUGUGGACUACAGCCCCAGUCCUCUAGGAAUGAGGAUGGCCAGUGUAUGCUGGUGGUUCUUCUUCUCUAAAGUUAUUGAGCUUAGUGAUACAGUCUUUUUUAUCCUAAGAAAAAAAAACAGCCAGCUCACUUUUCUACAUGUGUAUCAUCAUGGAACUAUGAUCUUCAACUGGUGGGCAGGAGUUAAAUUUGUGGCUGGAGGUCAAUCAUUUUUUAUCGGGCUGCUGAACACCUUUGUUCAUAUUGUGAUGUAUUCCUACUAUGGCCUGGCGGCCCUGGGGCCUCACAUGCAGAAAUAUCUGUGGUGGAAGCGUUACCUCACCUCAUUGCAGCUGGUCCAGUUUGUCUUGCUGACUAUUCACACUGGUUACAACCUCUUCACCGAGUGUGAUUUUCCUGAUUCCAUGAAUGCAGUUGUGUUUGCAUAUUGCAUCAGCCUCAUUAUACUCUUCAGCAACUUUUACUACCGGAGCUACAUAACCAGGAAGAGCAAGAUGUCUUAGCAUAUUGGUCCACAUGAGGAGGAGAGGACUCACCUGUCCUUUAAUAUACUAAUUUGUCCAUUGCAGUUGUCACUGCAGUCAUUCCUCAGUUAUAUUAAGUCUUCAGGACUGAAAAUUUGCUGAAACCACUGACCUUAUAUCUAAUUUGGGUUGUAAAUGACUUGACUAAAAAAGAUGUCACGUUUUAUUGCAUUUUGGAACCUCAACCAAAAUAAUUGUAACUUUAAAUAAAGUUUAAUUUCAUUUUAAAUAACUUAAUGAUGGAACCUUGUGCAUUACAAAUUGUCUUUUAACAAAAGUGAAGUGCACUAGAUGGCGUUGGGCUGCCUCAGACGAUGUUCUCGCAUAGAUUCUCAUGAUGAGAUACUGUAGUACCAGUGCUGACAAUUUCCGUGAUUUUCUUUCAGGUUUAAGUGAACCCAAAAAUGUGACAUUUAUCCCCAAAAAUGCGAAUUUUAGCAGAGGAACCCCAACAAAAAUGUAUAUUUUACCCCACCGGAAUGCGAUUUUUGACCGGGGAUCCCACUCGAAACCAGUGGGGCAGGGUUUCAUAUUUACUUGAUUGAAGCAGCUCUGGGCAAUUAAAGACUCCAUUUGUCCAUUCAUUAUUUCUAAAGAAACACAAAAAUGUAUAAAAGGCCCGAUUACCUUGUAUCUUACGUUGUGGCCCCGUAGAAGCAGUCUUUGUAAAAAUAGGCUAACGAUUGCAUCAUAACCUGCGACUCUCUGUCGCACAGUAGAGAAAUUACCAUGAUGAUAGCUUAUACUUUUUUUUUUUUUUUUUUGACUUUUUCAAAGCCUCUGAUUCUAUUGAGCAUCCUUUUAUUUUCUACUGUUUAAAACACUUUGGGUUUGGGGCUUAUUUCUGUAAUGCUAUGAAAACUCUUUAUAUAGUUCAGUGAAAUUAAAUAAUGGCACUACUCAAAGAUUUAAUUUGGAAAGAGGAGUUAGACAAGGCUGCCCAGUCUCUUUUUACCUCUUUCUCAUUGUUGCUCAGUUGUUUUGUCACUUCAUCCAAUUUAAAAAGAAUUCAAGUUGAAGAGAGAAGUGUCCUGAAAAGUCAGUUGGCUGAUGACAAGGCUCUUUUCCUAAAAAAAUGAUCAAAUUCAGUCAGCUGUCAAGAUCAUUGAAGUUGUUUCCAGUGCCUCAGGGCUUUUCUUAAUUUAUAAAAAUGUGAACUAUUUGCUUUAAAAAGUUGCUAUUAAAGAAACAUAUGUAAUA